AUGACACUGCACGACACUGACUGGGAGUCGCAUAGACAGCUCUACUCGACUCUAGUGAUGCGAGGUGAGAACGCGGACGUGCUAAGCGCCAUGAGCGACAUGAGUGAGUCAUCGAACAGCGAUGUUGAGCUUAUGUAUGUGAUGGAUCCUUCGGAUCCACGUGCACACCGCUCAACGCGUCCACCCACACGGAUGGACAAGAAUCAGAAAUCAUCUCGCUGGGACUCAGACGAGGAUGACGUAGGCGAACCAAUCACAGUCGAGGACAAUGUGAAUGAACCAAUCACAGUCGAGGAUGAAGCAAGUGAACCAAUCACAGUUGAGGAUAGCGUGAAGAAUGCGACAACUCAAGAGACUCAAGUAAUCAAGAUUGAUGCCGACGAACCGGUAUCUACACUUGAUUCAAAGAAAGUGGGUGUCACGUUGUCUAAAUGGGCCCAAGCGCGUUUCUUGGUGCCUUUGAGUCAGCGUCAUGCUGCAGUAAUCGUGCAGCCACCUUUGGAGCCGCUGAAUGAUUAUAUUUUAAGUGAUUUUAGCUCAAGAUAUCGUGGGAAUACUGGUGAUAUGGUUGUAGAGGAGGAACCCAUAGCAGAAGAAGAGCAGGUUGAGAGUAAUAAGAAGCAAGUUGGUGCUCCACUUUUUGAGGCAAAUACAGACAAGAAAGUGGAGAAUGGAGAAAAGGGUGAGAAGAAUAGCAGGCAUAAGAAAAAGAAAGACGAGGGACGCAAGCGCAAGGAAACUAGAUACUUUAUCACAGAUUUGGCCACCAAAUGCUUUCAUUGUGGAGAGGUGGGGCAUAUGGCGAACGUCUGUACGAACGACAAGCUGCAGCCACCGUGCUACUAUUGUGCACUGCGUGGACACCAGUCAUGGGUGUGUCCCAAUUUACCGUGUGCGAACUGUCUGCAGCUGGGACAUCAGGAACAGGACUGCGACAAUCGGACUAUCAAGAUUGAGUCGUGCGGAAUUUGUGGACGUGCUGGACAUUUGGAUGAAGACUGCAACAACAUAGGAAGUCAAGAGCUACUGACGUGCAUGGUGUGCACGAAAGUGGGUCAUUUGCACUGUGUGCCCGUGCCGCCUCCUGCAGAUAGAUUUGUGUACUGCCCCAAUUGCGCAAAAAAUCACACGAUUGAGCGAUGCCAUACGUAUCGCGAGCCAGCUGCGACCAAUUUCGCUUCUCGGACAGCUAGUGGGCGCUCUGUGCAGACGUGCUUUGUGUGCAGCGAGGCUGGUCAUGUUGCUGCUGAGUGUCCUGUGCGUUCAAAUGGCUAUGUCAGGGGUGGAAACAGUUGCUUUAAUUGUGGUAAGGCUGGACACUUUGCUGCUGAUUGUCGCAGCUCGGCGAGCAACACCAGGAGCGGACGACGUGUUACGGGUCGCAAGCACGGUCGGGAUGUGGAGGACGAGUAUUGGGACUACGAUGACCAUAACUACUACGAUAGAGACGAUGAUUACUACUCGUACGAUAGAUCAUCUCAUGGUAGCAAAAGUAGCCGCAACAAAGGCGGUUCAUCGCGAUCUAGAAGAAGCUCUGGUAAUCAUGGCUAUGCACGGUUGAACGAAGCGUUGCCGACAAGACCUCAUCGAAACGAUAGGAGCUAUGGUGAACGUAGACACAAUUUGCGCCGAUAG